CUCCACUAUUCGGCAUUGCAUACCACACAUCCCACCACCCUCAACGAUCCCACGCACUCCGUCUUCUCCACAUUCUUCUGUACCAUCACAUCAUCCAUACGCCCGCACAGCCUUCGCCCGCACCACGACCAAAACCAUCGCAAAUCACACCCCGCCCGCUUCACACGCACAUUGGCCCUCGGCCCUCUAGCUCGCAUACAACUUGCUUUCACACGACCACGCCCAAGCCGCUUUUGGAUAGCCCGCUGUUCUUCUUCUUCCUCUUCUUCUUUUGUAUUAUUUACCCACUUGCCACUGCUGCCAAUGGACAACAGGGAGAACCUCUGGACUCGGCGCUCCAACACCAGCAAGCUCUCCCUCUCCAUGUCGCAUUCCGAAAAUAACGAUAAAUCCGAACCACACCAGCGCACCGUUUCCGCAACCAAACGCUUUGGGGGCGACUCUUCCCACGGCGGCCGAAAUCCUUUCAACGCCAUUCCCCCAUUGACACCCGGCGGACUUGCGUCACCCACCACUGGAGGCUCGUCUGCUUUUGGGCUCGGCUCAGGCGCAUUCGCCUCCUUUGGCUCCGCGGCCAAGACUCCCAAGACGCCAGGAACAGCCUUUGACUUCAAAGCCGCAGCCAUGUCGUCCACAGCGCCCACAACCCCUUCUGAAAAGAAGGACAAGCCCGUGAGCAAGGUGGUCAACAGCAUACGAAAAGAGUCUAUAGCCACGGCGCCAAUACAAGAAAACGCUGCGAGCCCAUCCGCACCGCCAGACUUCAACGCGCCGUGGCCGCUCAAGUACACCUGGGCGGUAUGGUACCGCCCGCCCACGGCCAAGAAUGUCGACUAUGAAAAGUCGAUUGUACCGCUCUGCAGAUUCAGUACGGCCCAAGAGUUUUGGAGAGUCUUCUCACACCUCAAGCGGCCUUCGAGUCUGCCCUCCGUGUCCGACUAUCAUGUUUUCAAGCAAGGCAUACGACCGGUAUGGGAGGAUGACGAGAACAAACGAGGUGGCAAAUGGAUCAUGCGCCUGAAAAAGGGCGUUGCGGACCGUUACUGGGAAGACCUCUUACUUGCGCUCGUUGGGGAUCAAUUUAUGGAGGCUGGCGAUGAAUUCUGCGGCUUUGUUCUGAGUGUCCGAAGCGGCGAGGACGUCUUCAGCAUCUGGACAAAGAGUGACGGAGUAAAGAACGUCAAGAUUCGGGAUACGAUUAGGCGGGUCCUCAAGUUGCCAGAGGGCACUAACAUUGUUUGGCGAAGUCACGAUGAUAGCAUUGCUCAGCGCUCAGCCAUCGACCAGGCCCGCCAUGAAAAGAAUCUCAUGGAGAAGCGGAGGGUGACAUCUACCGAAGAGAAACCAGUGGCCGGUUCUUAGAUCGUUUUCAGGCCAUCGAGCGAUUGACUUGUUCUGAGGCUCGGCAUCAGGGUCACACGCUCGUUGCGUUGUUUCCGCAGGCGCAGGCACAAGCGCAGGCGCACCUGCGUUAUCAGACCCACAAAGGAUUCUAUGUACCACCAGCGGGGGCCACUGACAGAAAUGUCAUGCCCUAGUCGAGCGCAUGGAAUUUACUGUGGGCUCUACUUGCAUGUAAGGCAAAUGAACCGUUGGACCAGUCCUUUUCUGGUCCGGUCAUUGCAGACCAUGCCCACCACUAUACACAGCGUUGCAUCGCAGCUGGUGUUGUGCGAUUUCGGUCAGCUUCCUCUGAAGCUAGCAUCCACACAGAUGCAUGUCACAUAGACCUGUGACUAUGAAUGAUAAUACUAUGUACACCUAUGCGCACAUGACUAGUGCGCUUCGUUGCCUCGA